GAAAAAUUAGGAAACAAAAUGAAAUUCCACAAAAGUAACAUUCUAUGAACUUUCUCCUUCUUCUUCACCUCCUUUGUUUAUGUGGUCAGUAGUUGUCCAAACCGGAAAACAAACAAUUCCUAUGAUAUAGCCAAAACCAAACAUCCAAAGAUUUCUCAUAAAACCUAGAAUUCUCCGAAAACAAAUCCUCACAAACAUGAAAACUGAACAACACCAUGCCAACAGAAGAUUUUCACCUUCGUUACAACAUAAGAUCAUCAAAACGGCAAAACCUGCCGCGUACUUUAUCCUUCUUUUGCUAACCUACUCCUUCGGUUACUUAUCCCACCACCCUGCUUCCACUUCAUUACCACUCACACCCUCAUCAUCACCACCACAAUUUCCAGAACCUGUCAUUCGUUUCCCAAUCAACACCACCGAGUUAAACCCGUUCCGAAUCACGACACGCUGCGCCGAUCCAAUUCCGCCGGAGACAAUCCGCCGGACUCUCGUGGACCGCCUCUUCAACGGCACCUCGCCGUUCGAAAACUUCCCGCCGCCGCACGCAGCGGAGAAGCUACGGCGGACGAAGAGGGUGAAGGGUUGGGGCUCCACCGGUGCUGUAUUCGAGAACCUCAUCCGCCGCGUGCAGCCGCGGACCGUCGUUGAAGUUGGCACGUUCCUCGGCGCGUCCGCGAUUCAUAUGGCCGAGUUGACUCGCCAACUCGGCCUCCAAACUCAGAUUCUCUGCGUUGACGACUUUCGCGGCUGGGCAGGGUUCAGAGAGCGGUUCAUGCACAUACCGAUCCUAAACGGCGACGUUUGGCUCUUUUACCAGUUCCUUCAGAACGUGGUUACUUUUAACCAAACCGGGUCAAUUUUACCUGUUCCGUUUUCAAGCGGGUCGACCCUGAUGUUGUUGUGCGAGUGGGGCGUGUACGCGGAUUUGGUUGAGAUCGAUGCGGGUCACGAUUUUUUGUCUGCUUGGGCUGAUAUUAACCGGGGCUUCCGGAUCCUCCGACCCGGUGGGGUUAUGUUCGGGCACGAUUAUUUCACUGCAGCAGAUAAUAGAGGGGUUCGAAGAGCCGUUGAUCUAUUUGCUAAAGUUCACAAUCUGAAGGUAAAUAUUGAUGGUCAACAUUGGGUGAUUUAUUCUUCCUAAUGUUUAAAGUUUGCUAUUUGGAUUAAAUAUACGUGAUUCGAUUAUUGGGGUGUAUAAAUUAUAAUGAAGGUUCAAUUUCAUUCGAUUUUAAAUUUAUAUACAAUGACUCA